AUGUCCAUGAAGGUGAAACUACGAGGGGAAGACAAUAUCUUCAGGGACAUAAUCCAUAUGAAAUAUCUGUUAGUAGUUAGUUUACAGGCUAUUGAUUUUGGAUAUAUUUAUAAGAAACCUUCCCUCGUUCCGCCUUUCUUCACUAUCAAAAAAUUCUCUUCUAAGAGUGUGGAGUCGCUACAGAAGCUCCGCAACUUGAGGAGUAAAGAGUUGGAGGAGAAGAGGGAAGCUCGCAAAGAGGCGACGAAGGCUAAAGAGUUAGGAGGAUACUGCUCUAACCCAAAUUCAGAUUGUACCCCAUGAAUGGGCUACUGCAGUAGGAUAGUUCCCGUCCUCCAGAAUUCUUGAACCAUGCAAAAAGGAGACGCAGUAUAAAAACUUCGGAGGAUACUCAAGUUCCUCUCGUGGCACCAAAAUCGAAGAAGUAGAAGUAAAAGCACUUCUCAGAGAGCGUCUAACGUGAAAAGUCACAUCGAUUCAUUCUGCGCGUAGGUGCCAUAUGCCUACUAGGGAUGCACAGCUGAAUAGAAUGAAGAAGUGGGGCCAAUGCCUAUUCAUUGAAACCAUCUAACAGACGCAGAAAUUGAGACCAUCCACGAGAAGACAAAAGAACUGCAAGCAAGUGGGGAAGCGCUGACCAGCGAGCUAGCAUUAUGAACCGGACAGACCGGGGUCGCUGUCCUUAGUUGUAGCUCAGGGCCACUGACUCCCUCACCCGGUGGCUGCACUGCCGGCAAGUACUCUUAAGAAACUACAGCGCAGCGGCAAAAUGUGAGGCAUAUCUAGUCCGAUAAUCAUGGCGAUUCCAAUUACUUAUACAAGUGGUGGUACUAGUAGGCGUAGGGAAGGAUCGCAGAAAAUAUCAAUAGAGAAGAGACAGAGCGCGCGCCGCUGCGAUUGCUUUGUGCGGGAAGGAACGCCAACACAGAAAGGCCGAGUCGUCUGAUGCUAUGCUGCCCUAUCGUAUUCUAUUGUGCUUCACUCUACUACCCUAUGGCCCUAUAUUUUAUUGUGCGCGGCGUCUUGAUGACAUGGGGACUAAUGCAGCAACUGUGGCCUGGGGGCGUUGCUUCUGCGGUUUUUGACCGCGUCGUGGAGCCAUCGGCGUGGACUCGCCACGCAACACAGAGAGAGCCCGUCUGCUUCUUCGCGUGCCUUUAUCAAGCUUUGUUAUACUUGAACGCGCGCGAGGACUAGCAGUGACUCAGCAAUGGGCCACUACCAGGCCUUCGUCAGUUUUGCGCCAUUACUAAUGGCGGUCGUCGUCUCUCUCUGUGGGUGUUCGUCCUCGCCUUGUGUCAGUCUAGGCCUAUCACAAAUCGCUUUGAUAGGCCUUGCAGAUGUAGCUCGGAUUUUUUGAGGGCCUGGGCGCUAUAUAGGCCGCAAAAAUUUCAUGGCCCAACUUCUGACAUCCUUCGGCUUCUGGUUAAUUUUCUUGCGUAUUUCGUAGUAGGACUAUAUAGGAAAAAAGAGCGCUGCUCCAUAAUAGCCUGUGGGUUUCUAUAAUGGGAGCGGACCGCUUAGAGCACUAAGCAAAGCAACCGGUUAGUUUUCACCUCUUCGCUACAGCUCUAUCCCUUCAUGCAAUAUAAUAGAAGCGGACCGCUUUGGUUUUUUGUUUCUAUUAUAGCAGAAAGCGUGCAACUUUUUCCAUGUAGCUAGGGCUACAAUAGAAACGACAACUCACGUGGCCUAUGUGGGGUCUAUAAUAGAAGUGAGGAGGUUGGCAUCAUUUUCGUAAACAGGAGCAAGAGGCGCCACUGUUUUGAUUAAUUUCAUGUUGCUAGUUUUGGGCUUCUAUGUAUAUAGGGAAAAAUGGUACUGGGGCUAUGAUAGCCUCUCUUUUGCCGCUGGCUCUACUACUUAAAUAUUCACUCCUACACAUUUGCAACGAACAUAGAUGUUUCGUGCUGUGCCUGUAGUUCAGAUAGACGAGCUCAAUACCACCUGACACGACUGUUAGAUUGAGUACUUUACUUAUCAUUCCGGGCGGGUUAGUUUUUUCUUCGUAGUAAGCUCAUACUCCAUUUCAUCACGAUUUAUUUGUUAUUCUAAGACCACGAGUGAUAUCACCAAUCACCAUCUAAGUCUAGGGCUCGAGGGCCAAACCGUCCAAGACGAGGAGGCUCACAAUAAGGCGC